CACACCGACUGUAGCCCAUAAAAGGUCGAGGUGGAACAGACUCUCCAGGACAAUAACCUGGACUCUGCACACAGUGACCGCAGGGAGGAAACAUGGACAAGUUGUUGCUGUGUCUGCUGGUCGUCGUUACCCUCCCUGGUGCUUUUUCGCAAGGAAACACGUACAGAAAGGCCUUUGUGUUCCCCACAGAAUCAGCUACUUCCUUUGUGACCCUGUUUGCUCCGGUGCAGAAGCCGCUGAAGGCUUUCACCGUGUGCCUGCAAGCCUAUACCGACUUGACCCGCCCAUAUAGCCUCUUCUCUUAUGCCACCAGGACGCAGUACAAUGAGAUCCUUCUCUUCAAGGAAAGGCCUGGCUUAUACAGCGUCUCUGUGGGGGGGUCCGAUGCCUAUAUCAAGGCUCCUGAGACUUUUUUUGCACCAAAGCAUUUCUGUGUUACCUGGGAGUCCAAAACAGGGAUUACGGAGCUCUGGGUGGAUGGGAAGGCCAUGGUGAGGACGAGUCUGAAGAAGGGGUACACUGUGGGGGCAGAAGCAAGCAUCAUCCUAGGGCAGGAGCAGGAUUCGUUUGGUGGCAGGUUUGAUAAGAACCAGUCCUUGCUGGGAGACGUUGGAGAAGUGAACAUGUGGGACUACGUGCUGUCACCAGAUGAGAUCAGCACUGUCUACAAUGGUGGGGUCUUCAGCCCUAACUUCCUGAACUGGCAGGACCUCAAGUAUGAAAUACAAGGGGAAGUGUUCCUCAAGAACCAGCUGUGGCCCUGAGGCCGUUUUGUCUGUGCUGAGGUUGCCUCCUUGCCUCCCUUACGUUGCCCUGUCUCGGGCUCUGCGGCGUUGCUGUCCUACACAGAUGGCUCUGGGGCCCUGGGGGACCGUAGUUCCCUCUGCCUUCUCUUCCCGGUUUCCCUCAGCUCAAGGGACAGUGCAGGGCAGAGGGGCUUUUUGUAGAAUUACCAGGCCACACCCAAGGCCAAUCAAGUCUGAUUUUGGGGAGCCGGAUCUAAGCAUCAAAGGGAUUCCAGUGUUCGGUCAAGAUGGGGAGCACGCGUUUUCAGCACGUUCAGGAGCAAGCGAGCCAACUUCUUUUUUCCCCCUGGAAGCCUGCCUGGGUUCACCUGCAGCCCUGCUAACAUCUGCAUUUCCCUCUCAAGGCAAACCCACCCCCUUUGACUGUGCUUUAAUGAAUUGUCUGCAUAAUCCAGGAGGAGAGUUUUUCCAGCACUCUGACCCACCAUCCAUUAGGAUGUGGUCAUUAUAAGUUAGAAUGAUCUGUAAUUCUUUAAAAAUCUAAAAAGAAAUGUUUUGUUGUUGUUUCUGUUUCAUACGUUCUACUUUUUCCUCAGGACCACCAGUUCUCAUUGUGUGACAUUUCCAUUACCUCUCCUCGUUUACCAUCACAUAGAGCGCUCUUACCUGUGUGCCUCGUCCUGACAAUGUAGCUUUCACUUUUUUAAGUCUCUCCUCCGCACCACUGAUUCGUUUUUCUGUUUGGCAUAUUGGGAUCCUUCCUAUUUCUAAUGCCACCGAAAAUCCCACAGCGCGUUUUGAGUCUGUCUGGAAUUCCUUCUUGGAUUUAAUCUGUUCUUUCAAGGCUCAGUUUUCAUCAAGUCCCUGUUUCCUUCAGUUUGCUUGAGAGCUUCAUGCUGUUGCUGUGUCAGAUUUUUUACACAUUCCCGUCAUUAAUCUUUUUGAAAUAAAUCUUUUACAUGCCUUAAA